AGCAAAAAUUUCAAUGCUUUUAAUGACUUUGGAGAUUGUUUCACACUUCGAACUAAUUUCCUCUAUUAGGAACCAAUGGAAAGUGUGACGAAAGCAAAGCAAAGCUGAUUUCCAAAAUUUCAGUGAAUUUUUAGCAGUGAAAAACUUUACUUAUUAAGGCGCAACCUUAGAACUUCACAUACUUUGCCUUAUAUGAGCACGAGCAAGGCGAGUUCGCUUGAAUUCGCCUUGACAAUUGCUUAGGAAGUUGACAUUCGUCAUAUAAAUAAAGCUUAGUUUUUUCCCACUUAGCUUCAUAUGUAAAUACAAAAUCUCCUAAUCUUUAUUACAUUUUACAAUGAAUACGGAACCGGAUAACGAAGCUGUAGAUAAUAAUAUGGUAGAAGUGUGCUGUCGAGUUUGUCUUCAGCUUGAAGAUUUAAUGGUUCAUAUUUACGACGACGGUGUCAUCGAGGAUCUUCAAUCGGAUUUAAUCACUUUGCUAGAGCAAUGUGGAGGCAUAGAAGUGCAACGAUCAGAUAAUUUACCCAAAUUUCUGUGCAAAGAAUGUGCGACUGAACUCCUUGUAGCCGCAAAGUUUAGAGAGAAAUGCAAAAGAGCGCAACGAAUAUUGUCAUUGACUACUUGGAAAAUAUCAUCUAAUGAGGUGGAACCACAGGUUAUAGAGUCAGACAGUGUAAAAGGCAAAGAUGUUCUCUCUUGUGAGCUCGAAGCUGCAAAUGAAAUAAUAUUAUUAAAUAUGGAUAAACAUAGUUUAGAAUUAGAUCCAGAAGAAUUUGUAAACAACAGUUGUGAAGAAAAUGAUGAAAACCAAUAUUCCUCGAGCCAUCAUAUUGAAAAUCCCAUCGAUACCGAGAGUGUAAAAACAACUAGUUCGAACUGCGAAAAUAUUCAUAUUUCCAACGGAAGUAGUCAAGACUUUCAAACAAUGGAACUUUUCGAUAUUGUUGUAGAAGAAGAUAAUUAUUCGACAACAGCACAAUCAACGUGUGAGCAAGAAGUAAGCCAAGUUUGUGUCUUACAAGAUAUGGUGGAAAAAAAUUUCACUUGCGAUUCCUGUGGAGCAGUUUUCCUACAAGCUACUAAUCUUCAAAGACAUUUGGAAAAAUCACACUUAAUUCUACAACCAUACUGUUGUACUUAUUGUAACCAUACAUUUGCUUUGCAGGAAACAUAUUUAAGUCAUAGCAUUGAUUGUAAAAAAUCGAGUAAUAAGAGUUCUUCACCCAUGCCAAGUCCAGCUAAAAAUAAAUUUGAAAAAUCAUCUGCAACAACAAUAAACAGGGAAUGUGAUUACUGUGGUAAGCAAAUGCAAUCAAACUACGCUCUUAAAAUGCACUUGCGCACACAUACCGGCGAACGGCCUUACAAAUGCAUCCACUGUCCUAAGGCAUUUAAAACUCAGUCAGCUUGCUCUAUGCAUGUGAAACGACAUUCUGAGAAGCCCGAAUACUCUUGCUCUUUAUGCAAUAAGACAUUUUAUGAGUCUAGCAACCUAACCGCACACAUGCGAACGCAUACGGGGGAAAAACCACAUUCUUGUACUUUUUGUCAAAAACGUUUCUCACGAGUCUUUCUUUUACAACUGCAUAUGAGAACGCACACAGGUGAAAAGCCAUAUCAAUGCCAGACUUGCAAUCGAAGCUUUGCCCAGUUAUGUGAUCUCAAGAAUCACGAACGUAUUCAUACUGGCGAAAGGAGAUUUAAAUGUUCCAUUUGCGGAAGGACAUUUAUAAAGAAAUAUUCACUUAAAUCACAUAUGACUAGACAUGCUGUACUACAGUCCGAACUGGUGUCUAUACCAGAGGAACAAAAUAUUGAAAGCAUACAGUUAGAGAAGAAGGAAGUUCAAGAUGUUAAGUAUAUGCUUGAAAGUAGUAUAAUAGAUGGGGAUAGUUAUUUCUUAUCCAAAGACCCAGAAAAUCAACUAGUUAACAUGCCAUAUGAAGAAGUUCCCGGUCUAAGUGAGUCCAAUUCAGCCCUCAUGUGGAGCGAUUUUAUAGUUGAGGAAAUUUAAAGAACUAUCUAUAUACAUAUGUACAUAUAAAAUAAAAUGUAUAAAUACAGAAAAUAUGUUUAUAAAAAUUAUAUACUGCUUUCGUGAUUAUAAUAUAAAAUCGAAACCAUUCAAAGCUCUAGAUUUAAAAGCUUUAGAAGAUAAUUAUCUUUUACUAUCAAUACCGCCUGACUAUUUUAAAUAAAUGAAUGGAUACCAUUUCCUUUAAAGAGAACCAGCAACAUAAGUUUAUUGUUGAGAACUUGCGAUAAAACUUUUAUACAUUAAUAUAUGCAAUAUGAUACAGGGAUUAUUCCAUCAAUAGAAUUAAUCUUAAUACGCAACCAAAUGUAUAAAACAAUUAUUGGCAUUUAUUUAUAGAUUAAUAAUAAAUAAUUUACAUAAAGGAAACACACACUUAUGGGUUAUAUAAUAUCGUAUAGUUCGUGCCGCAAGUGGAUUCAAAAAGAAUUUCAAUGUAAAUAAAAUUGAUGUUAUUUGAUGCUGAGGUUUAUGUACAAGUUGUUAACAUAACACAAUUGAAAUUCGUUUGAAUCGGACUUGACUAGCCGAAGUAUCUAAUCUUAAUUAAAUUAUUGUAUAAUAACAUAACACAACAAUACUACACUGCAACAAAGUCCCAAGAAAUUGUGUUGUGUGACACCGUCAAAAA